AUGGUGGACGAUGAGGAGCUAAGGAGGCUGCGGUUCGUUCUGAGCAAAAAGGUGGGGAGAAUAAAAUACUUUUUUUCGUACACAUUCUACAAAAUAUUCAGCCAUUUUUAUAACAAGAAAAAUAAAAAGCGAGAAAGGUUUGUAAAUAUACACGGAAGGACGAGUCCAAAAUUUUUCUGUGAUAAUAAAAUUAGGAGCACAAAGUACACAGUGAUCACAUUUAUUCCUCUCUUUUUAUUUUACCAGUUCGCGGAUUUUUUGAAUUUAUUUUAUUUGUGUGUUUCUUUGCUACAAGUCAUCCCGAUAUUCAACACAGGGUAUGUGUUCACCUUUGUGGCUCCAUUAAUUUUUAUUAUCUUUGUAAGUUUAAUCAACGAAGUGGUUGAUGAUUUGAAGCGGUUUAUAAAGGACCUUGAGAAUAACAAUGAAAUUUAUUACACCCUUUUGGAAAACGGAAAUUUCGAAAAAAUAUAUUCCAAAGAUAUAAAAGUAGGAGAUAUAAUUUUGAUAAAAUCGAAGCAGAGAGCCCCAGCAGACUGUAUUUUGUUACGUAAUUUAAAUAAAAAUGAAGAAUAUACUUUUAAAGUGGAGGAGAAGAAAUUUUUCGGAAACAUAAAAUUGAAUAAAAAUUCCAAUGUGUAUAACAAAAUUAACAAAAGCUACUACCAUUUUAAUAAAAAUAUUGAUAACGAACUGAUUGAUGAUCGAUAUAACGAAUCGAACAACAACUUGAGCGAAACGAGCAAUAAUCUACUCUUUAGUGAAAAUGAAAAAUCGCUUAACGGAGGGAAAGAAAAAAAAUAUCUUUUAAAAGACAAGUCAGAGAAAAGUGGUCAUAAAAAUGAUAUGAACAGUGCAUCGAACGAAACAGCCAAUUAUACAUAUGUCAAAACGGACAAAAUUGAUGGAGAAACUGACUGGAAAAUUAAGUACCCAAUUAGCAUCUUCCAAAAUUUGAAGAAGUUGAAAGAUUUCUUCACCAUAGACAUUUUGUUCAUUCUCGAGCAGCCCAAAAAUGACAUUUAUAAAAUUGAGGGGUCCUUCGUCAUAUUUAAGUAUAACCCGUAUGGCGACUUCCAGAAGGAGGAAAACAACAACACCCUCGGGUUGAACGAUCAUCAGUUGAUGAACUACUCGUUCGACAUGAUUAGGGAUGGGGAGAUCGACUUGGAGAGAGGCGGCCGAGGUGGAGUGACCAGAGGGGGCGAACCCGGUGCGCCGACAUACGGGGAGGAGGAGGAAGAGGAGGAAGAAGAGGAAGAUGACGAUGAGGAAGGCGACGAAGAUGACGACGAGGAUGACGACGAAGAGGACGAUGACGAUUAUGAGGAGGAUGACCACGGGGAGGAUGAACGUCGGAACGAACUCGAACUGGAGAACUUAGCCAAUGACGAUGAAAAAAAUGUCCACCAUAAGGGCUAUGUAAAUUUGGCGGGAAAGGACACAAGCUACAUGUACAGCAAUAACAAGAAGGAAAAAAAGGUGAACAAAGAUAUGGUGAAAUUUAUCGACGUGGAAAAGGGAGCAGUUGGAGAAGGAGUUGUAGCAGUAGGGGGUGCAGGAUCAGGUGGUGCUGUGCCGAAUCGAAACAGAGGAGUCAUUGAAAAGUACAACUCCUCAAAAAAUGGCGGAAAAAGCGGUGGAAAUUAUGUUGGCGAAACGAGCAUGUGUAGUGUAUUCAAUAAUGAAGAUAAUUUCAAUUUUUACAAUGUCAGUUAUAGAAAAAAAUUAAGUUAUGACAACUUUAUUUUGUUCAACUCGGUGAUUACGAGUUCAGAUGUGCUCUGCUUGGUGAUCUACACCGGAAGUGAUACGAGAGUAAACAUGAGUACACAAAUUAGCAAAAUAAAAAGAGGAAUGAUAGACAAGAAAUUAAAUAUGAUAACGUUAUUUUUGUUUCUCAUUCUGGCGUUAUUCUCCAUGUAUAUGUGUUCCGUUAAGUUGAAUAAUUUGUGGUACUUGAAUUUUAUCCGUUUCAUUUUGCUCUUCUCAUCUGUCAUCCCUAUAUCUUUAAGCGUUAAUUUGAAUAUCGCCAAAAUUUACUACACGUUGGUGAUUCAGAAGGACAAGGAAAUCGAAACGACGAUCAUAAAGAACAGCGCAAUUAUAGAAAAUUUUGGAGAUGUGGAUUAUAUUUUCACAGAUAAGACAGGAACACUAACAGAAAAUGUAAUGGUUCUAAAAGUGAUACAUAUCGGGUUGGACGUUAUUCAUUGUGAAAAUGAAAAGAAUAAUAUGCUACAGGGAAGUAUGGAAAAUAAAGGGAAAGGGAAUUUCAACAAGCAUAUGCUGGCCUACGAAAUGGAUGAUUUAAACGAAGAUGUGGAUGCGUCAUCUAUGUACUUAGGAUCCAAUUACUCCAAAAACGAUCGAAGGAAUAAGACUAGUGGAAACAAAAAUGGAAACUACAUCUCCUUUAAUUACGACAUGGAAAGUGGAAGAAAUAAAAAUGAACUCUCCACUUUGAGACAACUCAGCAAAACAGCCAACCCAAUGGAUCGUAUCAACAUGCUACAUCAUGAUGAAGAUAAUUUUGAUGAAGAGAAUUUUGAUUAUGAUAAUUUUGAUUAUGGAAAUUUUAAUGAACAUUCUACAGGGUCCAAAUCUGGGUUUUCUCAAAAUAGCUACCGAAAUAUGAACAUGAAAUCGUUCAAGCAGAAUAGCUUAGCUUUGAGUACGAAUAUGUCUGGGGGAGGGUUGGGUCAGAGGAGGAACGAGCUUCAUAAAAAAAAUUCGGUGCACAUGGAGAAGAAGAAAAAAGUGGAACAAAUGGUAGACGAAUUUUUGAAGUACAAAUCGGAUCCCUUAGAUUAUUACAAUGAUAAUGUGGAGGAUGUUGAAUAUUUGAAGAAGCACCGAGUGUUCCAGACCUUUUUGUCCUUCCUUAUAUGCAACAAUAUUAGGACUCUGGCCAAGGAGAGCAGCAAAGAGGGAGCUCCUAACGGGGGAAGUGCUAACGGAGGAGUGUCCAACGGGGGAGCUUCCAACGGGGGAACUACUAACGGGGGAACUACUAACGGGGGAGCUUCCAACGGGGGAGCUUCCAACGGGGGAGCUUCCAACGGCAGUGGCAGCGGUGGUGCUAAGGGAGGCAGCAAAGAAAAGGACAAGGAAAAGAAAAAAAAGGAGCAAAAAGAAAAAGACUCGCAGAAAAACUUCUACUACAUAUUAAAAGUGAAUCGAAAAAGUAAAAAGGAAAAUAAAAUGAAGAAAGAGAAACAUAUGAAUACUACCAGCACAGCCUUUUCUUAUGACAAAAAAAAUCUCGAGUCUAACAGCUCCGAAGAUUCGGAGACCUUUUCCCACUCGGAUGUCAGUUAUCAAUGUUCCUCUCCAGACGAGUUGGCCUUCCUAAAAUAUGCUACCAAUUGUGGGUUCAUUUUGAGGAAGAAAACUGCCAGCAGGAUAGAAAUAAAAUAUAAGAACCUUGUCAUGGAGUACGAUAUUUUACUGCACAUUCCCUUCUCUUCUGAGACAAAGCGAAUGAGUAUUUUCGUACGAAAUGUGAAGAACAGGAAUAUCUACUUCUUCAUUAAAGGAGCGGAUAAUAUUUUAAUAAAGAAGUGUCAUGAGAAGUAUAAGACUUUUAUUUAUGAGGAGAGUGAUCAUCUGUCGAACUUGGGUCUGCGUGUCCUGGUGCAUGGGUUUUUAAACAUAGAGGAGCAGUUUUUCCACACGUUCUCCAAUUUAUACAAUAAGAAUAAGGACGUGAAGGGGCAGCUGGAGAAUAUUUUGGACUACGUCGAGAAGAACAUUAAGGUUCUGGCCAUAACUGGCGUGGAGGACAAGUUGCAGGAGGUGAGCUGA